CCUGAAAGGGUUGAAAAAGAAAAGAAAACAAAUCAGAACAAAACUUAACUAUGCAUCGCGACUGAUGUCCUAGAGCGUCCUCUUGUAACCCAGAGUAAUGUUUCACUCAAUAGUAACAUGUUGUGGGAAACGCGGGUGGGGAUAUGGCAUUGUUGAUUUUUAAGUCAAUCAUUGAGGUAUCAUUAAUCAAUUUGAGUCAAUUAUUAAAAUGAUCACCAAUCAAAUAUGCCUGUUUUUACACGUAGCAAAAAAGUUCUAUGUUGAUUUUCUGAAGCCUGAAAGCCAGCUAAGCUUAUGCUGUAGCAUUACGCUCAGAUUCAUUUUCCGAUCGAACAUCUGCAGCGUCUAGAGUACGUUUGUCUGUCCUGGUUUAGAGGAGUCAGUGUCUCAAAGCAUUAUAAACAAGUAUACAGAAUGUCUUCAAGUCAAACCAUCGUAAACAAUGUACUGUCAAAGUUCAGCUUAGUUCAGAGCAAACCUGUUCGUAACAGAAGAAGUGGAUUUUCAUGGCUAAGAAAAUGUUUUAUCGCUGCGCUGGCGACCUUGGUGUUGUUCGUUUUCAUGUGGGUCUUUUCAGCUUCAGAAAGGAUCAGCUUUGCUGUAAGUCUCGAUGCAAAGGGCAGCAGAGAAGUAGAACAACACACACAAUCGAUACACCCACUCAAUUUGAAAUCAUAUGAACUGGACCAUCUUUUUGAUGUCUAUAUUCACAACAGUACUAAAAUCAAGGAGUACUCAAACUUUAAUGCUUCGCUCUUAACCUCUGCAAAAACAUCCAUUUCCUAUCCCGUCCGACAACAGUACGAAGUCGGCGAUACCGUUGAGAUUCGGAUAUACGCGUACGACGGGAUGGGGCGCCCUCAGACUGUAGGUGGUGACUUCUGGUUUGUUAGAGCGACUUCACCCAACAAGCACUUCAGAACUGCUGCUCGUCUGGUUGAUUAUCAGAAUGGGAGCUACUCAGCUUAUUUCUUGGCGCCACUUGCUGGAAGACUGGACCUGCACGUUAUACUAGGCUAUCCAUCAGACACUGUACGGUGGCUGAGUGAGGUCUACAUGAAAGCUGAUGGGUGCUUCACUUGGGCCGCCAGAUACAAAAGAUUUGGCGUCGGCGAUGGCCAAGGUCGGUGCGUGGUGAAACGAGGUUGGAACCACCUGAUGAACAAGAACAUCUGCAUUUAUGGUGCCAAUGAGACUGGGAUGGGACAGAGCGCUUUUAUAUGCACCAUGCCUGAUGGGUUCAUUUGUGAUAAUAUCAGAUCUAUAAUGUCUUAUGGAGAGUUUGCUGGAAUAGAGCAGCCAGUUAAUCAGCUCAUUGAAGGAAAGAAGUACCUAUUCGAAAACACAUUCUACAAGACCCAGAUGAGAUCACCCUAAUCAGUGUACCACAUGGAUAUUGCAGAAAAGAGCAGUACAGGAAUGCUUUCUUUAAUCUAUGAUGACAAGAUCGAACGUCCUCGAGUAUUGUGCGGCGACGGCGACAGCAGGAACUCAAACUUACUUCCAGAAGGAUUUUGGCUAGGCCCAACAUGGCAGUCACUCGUCUGUUCCAACAGACACUCGUGGGAUGACCCGGACAACGUCAAGAAGUGCUUGGCAGGUCACAAAAUCAUCAUGUUCGGCGAUUCUAUAGCAUGCCAGUGGUUCCAUGUUCUUGAAAGGAAAUUGGGCAACAAGGAUGUGCCGGACUCGUUUUAUGGUUGCACCGAGGACGAGACGCAUACAGUCAUUUUUAAGACUCAUGUCCUCUGUUCGUCACUCACGCCUACUUUUAACUUUGCUGGUUUAUGGCGCAUGUUCGAACCCGAAUACAUGGAUAAGCUCAAUGACCCCGAUGUAAAAUACGUUAUUUUUAUCAGCAUGUCAGCGCACUACGCCUCGUGGAAUAUGGACAGCUAUCGUGACAGGAUGCGCGCGAUUCGUAAC